AGUCAAGUAUACCUCUUAGAGCUCUUCAUCUUGUGACGGUCACAAAAUGAGAGCCCACUCGCAUCUCCUUCAUCCAAAACUCAGAUUCAACAUGAAGAAACUGGAAGACAACAUCUCGUUUAAGAUCUCAGGUAUGACGAAGCUCACAAUAACAUUCGCCACAUGCUUAGUACUUUCAAUGGUGCUACUACUACCAUCUUACAACAUCUCCAACCUUCACAAGUCUCAUCUUACAACCACAGGAGGCCUUCUUGCAACAGGUUUUGAUGAGGAAUCUUGCUUGAGUAGGUACCAUCAAUCAUCUUUACGCAAACCUUCACCAUUCAAACCAUCUACAAACCUUGUCUCUAAGCUAAGAAGCUAUGAGAUGCUUCACAAACGUUGCGGUCCAGGCUCAGAUGCUUACAAGAGAGCUACAAAGCGGCUUGGUAACAACAAUGUAAUAAACAGCAACGGUGAUGAUUGUCAGUACGUAGUGUGGACGCCUAUGUUUGGUCUAGGAAACAGAAUACUUUCCAUGGUCUCUGUCUUCACCUAUGCUCUUAUAACAGAUAGAGUCAUGCUUGUCGACCAAAGGAACGAUAUAGCCGACCUCUUCUGCGAGCCUUUCCCCGGUACUUCCUGGUUACUUCCUUUAGAUUUUCCCUUGACUGAUCAGAUAGAUAACUUCAACCGCACGCAUUCGCAUUGUUACGGUACCAUGUUGAAGAAUCAUACCGUUAACACAACUACAAGACCGUCACAUCUUUAUAUUGAUAUCUUCCAUGACUCAAGGGAUCAUGAUAAGAUGUUCUUCUGUGAAGAGAACCAAGCUUUCAUCAAGAACGUCCCUUGGCUAGUAGUGAAAUCUAAUCUUUACUACGCUCCAUCUCUAUGGUUGAUACCUAGCUUUCAGACCAAACUCAUCAAGCUGUUCCCACAGAAAGACACAGUCUUCCACCACUUGAGCCAUUAUCUUUUCCACCCGAUAAACCAAGUUUGGGGAAUGGUCACAAGAUCCUACAACGCUUACUUAUCAAGAGCUGACGAAGUACUAGGUCUUCAAAUAAGAGUGUUCAGCACGCCAGCUGGUUAUUUUCAGCACGUGAUGGACCAAAUCGUGUCAUGCACACAAAGAGAGAAGCUCUUGCCUGAACUAGCUACAAAGGGAUCACAAAAUAUAACCAAGACACCGAGACUCAAAGCUGUUCUUGUGACAUCUCUGCAUCCAGAGUACUCUGAUGAGCUAAAGAACAUGUUUUUAGAACGACCUAGUUUAACAGGAGAGAUCAUUGAAGUGUAUCAGCCAAGUGGAGAAAGGGUUCAACAAACAGACAAGAAGGUACACGACCAAAAGGCACUCGCGGAGAUCUAUCUUCUGAGUUUAACUGAUAAGCUUGUGACAAGCACAAGGUCUACGUUUGGAUACGUAGCUCAGGGUCUAGGAGGAUUAAAGCCAUGGAUACUGUACGAGCCAAGGCACAACAAAGCUCCUGACCCGCCGUGUGUUAGGGCCAUGUCUAUGGAGCCUUGUUCUCUUAAAGCACCAAUCUCUGCUUGUCAAGCUGAGACAAUCAAAACCACCCCUUUUGUUAAGUACUGUGAGGACCGGAUCACAGGGAUUAAGCUAGUUGAUGAACUUUGAUUGUAACCCUUCAUUAAUGUUACCUACCAAACUUUCUAAAAACUCAAAAUAAUCACCAAAGUUUGUAACCCAUUGAAUGCAUAUAAAUCAGGUUAGCUUUUAUCAUCUUUGUAUGCAUGGGUUAAUAUGUCGCAUUCUAAAGUUCACUUAUCUAAUUAGGAAAAAUAGAAUAUGCAAAAAAAAAAAAAAAACAUUACAGAACAAGUAAUGCAUUAAACUUUGGAAGUAAAUAUUAUUAGACUACAUUCCAAAAGCCCAAAUCUAUAUUAUGAAAGUCCAUAAGCCCAAGUGUUUUAGGGUUCUAAGCUAGCAGUGACUAUAUAUAUUGUUGUUAUGAAAGUCUUGUAAGCAACCUUGCUGCUCAUAGAAGCAGCCUCCAUUAAAGACUUUAUGAAAUCAAACAUUUGUUUUAGUUCUUGAAGACAAACACACAGCUUCUCCUUUUC